GGCAGAAGGAGCAGGAGAAGAAGAAGAAGAAGAAGAACAGCCGAGCAUCAUAACUUCCAGUUCAGUCAGCAUGUCGUCCUCGGUGAUGGAUGGAGUCGGUAGAGCCGUGGUGGGGGUGUGGCGUGCACACACAGUCCUGGAUGAGUCUGACGAGGCAGAGGGCUCCCCCGAUGUGCCGGACCGCUUCCGCAAGCUCCGGUCCUCUUCUUCACUCAACUCUCUGCGGAUGUCUCUGCGCAAGCGGCUCCCGCUACAUACUGUCCAGGCCAGCUCCCUCCCGGAGAAACCCACGUGUGAAGCCCUGAAGGAGCUGCCAAAAACCGGCACGGUCCGCAAGCUUACUCGCAGUGCCCGGAACUCCAUCACCGACGUGUACCAGAGGCUGCAGAGGACUAAGGAGUUUUCAAGGGAGGAGUGUUUGGUUUCAACGCCUGGUCAGUCCUGCAUCGAAGAAGAGGCUGGUGUGUCAAAUUCUCGCACUCCCAGGCGUACCCCUCGCAGGGGUGCGACCCCCAAACGCACCCCCAGGGCAUCAGCCACCCCUGGGCGCACUCCAGGCUCUAAAGGGAGAAAGACCCCUGAGGCUGCUGUUCGUGGGGUGAAGGCGGUCAGAGGCCGGAGGCAGCUGGUCCGGAUGGCUGCGUUACGGAGUCCCUUUGCCUCCCCAAACACACAGAAUCAGAGGCAAGCAUUUGACCAGGACUUGGAGUCUGUGUCCAGUGGACUCCGGAGGCUCAAACGUCUGUCUAAGGCCUUUGAUGACAUGAUUGGCAGAGACAACAGUACCGGUCCACAGGGACGCAGUGGAGGAGUGCUGAUGAGAAAGUUGGACCCGAGUGGUAAACUCAGCUGCUCAAACCUCAACCGUCGAGCCAGCAACCUCUCAGACACACUGGGAGGUUGGGCCCACACAGCUGUGAACACCAUUCGCAAACCCAACUAAGCUGUGUGUGUGUGUGUGUGUACGUAAAACACAGGACCUUUCGAAGCCAUGUUACACAUUUAUCUUUUUGUCAUGAUACUGGGAGAUUGUUACAUGGCCUCUUUUUAUAUUUAAGCUGUGUGUAGUUAGCAGCACCUUUUGUAUCUACAGUAUAUCUAUAGUAUGCAAUUCUUGAGUUUACAUGUCUCAGGUUAGCUAGCUGUGGGUGAAUAAUCCUCAUUGUAGCUACCAAAGAGAUUUCUUUAUUUUGUGUAUGUAAGUGUCAUAGCUGCUACAACCAAAUGUCUUAGUUACAUUUUCACUAAACUACUAAUGUCAUUUGUGUUCACACUCUGCAUCGAAACUUUUUUCUAGUUCCUGAAAUCUAUUUUAAAGAAACGCUGUAUGAGACCAAAUUUGUAUCUGCAGAACAAACUAAAUUCACUGACUGAGGGAAGAUACCCUUUCCUGUACUUUAUACAUAUGCAAUGAUGUUACUAACAUUUGUUAUGCCUUUUUUAUAUCUCAUUGGAUUAUAUCAAAUUGUGAAGUGUAUUUUCUAUGAAAGGGGACAUUGUAUACAAGCAUAGACAUAUUUGAAUUGUAUGUUUCUUUUCCUUUUAUAUUCUUUCCUUGAGGUAGAGUUCCACACUAUUGGUGGCCUGUAGAUGAUUCAUGCACCAACAGUAUUCGCAUAAAUCAUCUUGUAAUGCGAUAAGAAAGAUGUAAUGGCUCAUUAUCUGAUGAUGAUGAUGUUAUGAAGCCAUAUCCAGCAGGUCAAUUAUGUAGAGACUGUCAAGCAAACAGCCUCAAGUGAAGCAAAACGUCUCUUCUGUCAGAGAGACAGUGUUUUAAUGUGAAAAAGAAAAUAAAAUCUGUAAUCUUCCAUCAA